GAAACAGAAUUUGUUUAACUUCAAGAAUAAAUCAGUCUCAGUCGUCCUCGCGAGUGUUAAACUCACAACUUCCAUAAUCUCCGAAACUAUUAAUACAUCGACUCGUAUAGCUGCUUUUCCAUUUCCGUAAAUUACAAACACAAUAAUUCCGGGAGAGGAUAGCGUGAGAAGUUUCUUCCGUAUUUUUCCUAAACUUUUAAUAAAGAAAGCUCAUGAUACACCCGGGAAGGAAUAUAAUUAAGACUUUUUAAUGGAUACUGUGCAGGAGGAAAACAGUGAUCUCCAUUCCUUCUCCCGAAACGCCGAGGAAUCCUUGCUCGCCUCCCAGCUCUCCGUUCCAAGCAUCAUCAUCAACGAUGAGGAGAGUAGCUCCCGAAGGUGUUCCGAGCCAGACAAUAGCAGACUGUCAUCUAGAAGACCUUCUGCCAUCAUAGCAGCGCUAAGGAGGCCGUCCCAAGCUAUAGCUCUGUCGGCAGCGCAAGCAGUGAUGAAUCAGCGGAGGUACAUAAUGAGAUUGUUUACUGAUCACAAUGAAGAGUCCGAAUUGAAAAAAUCAGAAAAGGACGUCAGGAUACUUGAGAAACGACGCAAAAAUUUGCGUUUAGGAGAUGAUGCACUCACGAUAAUUUUAUCCGCUCUUUAUGCAAAGCUGCUGGUUGUGUUGGGAAUGGCUUUUCCCACUAUUCAAAUUAUAUCUUCAGAAGUUAAAUCGUUCAGCUCUAGAGGAUUCUAUCUCUAUUUGUAUAUUGGGAGUAUAGCAUUUGUAGCGUAUAUUUACGCAACACUAUUCAGAGAGAAAGCUGUGGUGGAAAUUAUCAAUAGUUAUAAUAUGGAAAAAACAGAUGUGAUCAGAACAAUUACCCCUUCAGCUUCAAGAAAAUUCGGCAGUUUCUAUUUACGACUGGGAGCAAUAGCUUUCGGCAUUGGAAGUAUGGUGUAUUCAGGAUUAGAAUUUGGUCGAUACUUCGAUCUGAAGGACAAUCCUGAAUGUGAAACUACCAUUCUUCAAGCUAUUACACCUGCAACAAGAAUGCUACUUACACUGGUUCAAGUCCAAUUCAUGUUUUUGAAUAGCAAGAAUGUGGAUUUCAAUAAACAAAAAAUAGUUGCUAGGUUUGGCCUCAUGCAUAUGGUAGCAACAAAUGUAUGUGAAUGGCUCAACGUUCUGGUAGAAGAAACUAAACAUGAGAUUAUGCAUCUAUCAGAUGAAACAUCAUCGAAUUCGACCCAACACUGCACGGGUCACGUGAUGACCUCUCUGGUCUCCAACUCGAGUCCGUUCUUGUUCCCCUGCACCAUCGAGUACAGCCUCAUUUGCGCCGUCAUCCUCUUCGAGAUGUGGAAAGACGUGAAAAUGCAGUCGGAGGAUAGAGAGGGAGACAGGAAAGUCAAUUUCAGGAACUUGGCGCCCAACAAUAAAGUUGCUACGAACUUCCAGUUCAAUCUUUUGGGUAAUCGAUUGGUCAAUUCCGAUCACCAUUACACGAUUGAUUGCUCCAAUUCGCAUAAAGGCUUGUUCGCAGGAAUUAUGGUCAUCGUUCUGACAAUAAUUUCCCUGAUAAUGUUUUUCGUUUUGACCAACAAUAACACGAAAUCGGAACAGAUUGCCAUAUUCGAAGUAAACAUUGUGGAGCUAAUCCUUUAUGUUGUAACAACUUCAGCUGUCCUGAUAGCAAUUCUGAAGCUGAGAAAUCUGAAAUACGACCGAAAAAUUGAUCAUGAAGGAAACAACACUGGUAUAGGCUUGGACUGCACGUUACUAGUGGUCGCUCAAACGGGCAUGUUCAUCUACUGCAUGUUCUCCAUAAUAGGCUGCUAUUUUUCCAAAGAGCCCAACAGCCAGAUAGAGCUAGCUACCGAGAUAGUCUCCUUCGUACAGACCUGCGUCCAAACCAUCUUCGUGUUGGAUGGUUGGUGGCGUAGGUGCAAAAACAUCAACCAGGGCCAGAUUCAGCCCGGCAGACAGAUGAUAACGUUCUUGAUCGUGGCUAAUAUGGCCAUGUGGACCAUUAAUUCGCUGGAGAAGAACCGGGCGGAGUUUAGGCCUGGCCAUCUGGAGUUUUAUGGAAGAUGGGGAUGGACGAUCAUCACCCAUGUUUCUAUGCCUUUGGCCAUAUUUUAUAGGUUCCAUUCAACUAUCUGUUUGUUCGAGAUUUGGAAAACUGCCUACAAGAUCAAAACUCCUUGUUCAAGUUAUUUUCCUUAGAACAAAUGACUGUUAAUAAGCUAGUUUAUACUAUAUCGUUAUUUUUUAUAGAAUAUAAUAAUACAUAUUUUGUCUAUG